AUACUGAUUGUAAGCGUUCAUGCAUGGAGUGGGUUGGCUCACGGCCAGGCCAGAUCAAUUGAAUUCAUUCAGUCAAAACAUGAUCGAUUGAGCAGGACGCUUCGGAUUUUAUAUAGUCAAUUUUAUACGUUUUAAUUAUUUAUAACAAAUUAUGGCUUUACAAGACACACAAGAACAAGGUAGACGCUGCACACAAUGCAAGGAGCUAGUUCGUGGACAUAAAGGUCCCAUAGGACCAAAAUGUUCAAACUUAGACGUGAAAGCCGAGGCCGAGCUGCCACGCCCAGAACCGGUUUCCACGGCCGAUACAAAACAAGACAUUCCAGGAUGGCAACUUGCUAUGAUGGAAGUGUCCCAACAGAUAUCUGGACUAGUUGCGGUUACAAAGGACUUGCAAGUCGAACAAAAUAACAUGAGGGAACAAGUUGUGCACAUAACAAAAGAAUUGGGGGAGAUAAAAAUUCAAACUCAGCGACAAGCCACACCCAUUGAACAAAGAUCGACCGCCGUGGAUCAAACAUCAGCCGGGGAACAGAACUCCAUCCCCGAUACGGCAACAGGAACACAUGACACGACAAACGUAUUUAACGUCCCGAUUCCAGAAAAAGUCAUCAGAACCAUAAAGAACGGUGAGUUUGUUCAAAUGAUUGACAUUUUACCCGCCAAUUUACUGCACGACCAUCAUGAAAAUCCCGAUCCGAUAUUGUCACUUGAAAAUGGCCAACUGCGACAAAAACAAACCAGAAAAAUCAAAAUAAUUGAAAAUUUCUCCCAAUGGCUGAGCGCCUGGAAUAUUUUCGAGGCUAUCAUUGUACAAAAUGCACCACACACCUAUCCUGGAUUAUGUACAUAUCGAAAUAUAAUCCAAGAAGCCGACGCCAAGUUCAAGUGGAACGCCGUCAACGCCUCUGACGUCAAAUAUAGAAGCAAAUUAUCACAAACAAAAAGUCAACAAUUUGGGAAUAUCGACACACAAUUAUACGUGACAACGUUCGACUCGACAGCUGUGAAGC